UGGUUCGUAACUUGCCUUUGGAUUAAAUUCGAAAACCAGGUAGCAAGACACUCUUGAUCUGGCUACUCCACGAGAUCUCAGAUUCUCUUCUUCUGUCCUCAUCCACGCAUAAUACAAUUACGCCAAAGCCAUGGACACUGAGAACAAGUUCGCGAUCCACGCAGCUUGUCGUGAGGGAAGGUACGCCGCGGUUGAGUCUCUUCUCAAUGUGGACCCCAAGCUAGCAAAUAGGAAAGAUGACGACGGAAGACUACCUAUCCACUGGGCCGUGUCGUCAAAUCAGUUCGAGAUCACAAAUCUUUUGGUGGCCCAGAAGAACUUUGAUCCGGAUGUACAGGACGACAGCGGCUGGACCCCAUUAAUGAUCGCAGUGAGCAUCAAAGACGGCGAGAAGCUGGUAGAUCUCCUCCUAGGCAAGGGGGCAGAUGUUAAUGAGAAGAACAACAGUGGUCAGACUGCUCUACACUUUGCUGCCUCCAAGAACAACCUCGACGUUGCCCGCAAGCUCCUCGACCAAAAACCACCCGCCUCCGCCCGGGUACGCGACCGCCGAGGCCAGUAUGCUCUCCACCGCGCCGCGGCCGUAGGCUCUACCCCGAUGGUCAACCUGCUCAUCGGCCAGGGGAAGAGCCCGCUGAAUGCAACCGACUCGGAUGGACAGACUGCUCUGCAUCAUGCCAUUGCCGAGGGCCACGGAGAUACGGCUGUGGCUCUGCUCAAGGCCGGUGCCGAAACGGACAAGAAGGACGCAGACGGUAACCUGGCCAUAGAUUUGGCACCUGAUAGGGAAGUCCGCAAGUACAUCGAGCAGGUUGCGGAACGAGAAGGUGUCGACCUUCCCAGUGGAUCAUCAGCUUGAGUCUACAAGGCCUAGCAAUAGAGGAAAGAACGUAAACCCAAGGGAUUAACCGAGAGGAAAGACUAAGAAGCGAAGCUCGAUUAAAUCACAAUAUAAAUUGCCCAAACGUAAAUCUAGUCGGGACAAGCAGGUAAAAUUGGCCAUAGCGAAGAGAAAAAUGCGGCUGACAAUCCCUUUUUAUCCCGUAAAAUCAAUGUAAUGCCGGUCCCCGGUGAAAAAAAAACC